AAAUCUGGCCCAAAAGUAGGAUUGCUAAUCCCCCAAACCCCAGCGAUCCGGCGCCAGAUCGCGAGCGGCGGCGGCGGCGAUGAGCACGGGGGUGGGCGGGUUGCGGCAGCUGCUGGCGGCGGCGGUGACGACGGGGGUGGCCGAGGCGCGGGCGGCGAUCUUCGGGCACGCGCUGAACCCGACGGGGAAGCGCGCGGCGACGAAGCUGCUGCGGAAGAAGAUGGUCGGCGAGCAGGUCGCGCAGUGGUACCCCUACGACAUCAAGCGCGACGACCCGCUCGUCAUGGCGCGCGAGGAGAAGGGGCGUUUGUCAAAACUGGAAAUGCUUAAGCGUCGUGGGAAGGGUCCUCCAAAGAAGGGCCAGGGAAGGCGUGCUGUCAAGAGAAGCAAAUAGUUGGUUUAAUUCUGCAUACAUAUGUUCCUGGCGUUCAUCUUGUUUGGGCGCUAAGAUAUUUGUCUGUUUCAGCAAUGUAACCUUUCUAGUAGGUCAGUCAAGAUCCAUUUCACUACUGAUAUGGCAAUGAAUUUGAUUUCCUCUUCAUAAAACUGAUGAGUACAAGACAUUUUGAUUUGUCAGCUUUGAUGACAUCCAUCUUUUAUCCUUUGCUUAUGCUUAUAAGC